AAAAUACAAUUUGAAAUAAAAAGGAAAAGUAAAGAAAUUUCCCACGCUAUAUAUAGAAGUGCCGUGUGAAACAGAGUUCGACGUAAAUUGCUCCUUCAUCUGAUAUCUUCUUUCCUUCUAUAACAGAAAAGCCUAAACUACCAAAAUAUCAGCUCAAGAAACUUCCAUUUGAAAAGCCUAAACUACCAAAAUUUCUGCUCAAGAAACUUCCAUUUUCAAAACAAAACAAAAAAUAUAGCCAUGGAUUGGGUAAGAGGUGAAGCAAUAGGCCAUGGAAGCUUUGGCAGAGUCAGUUUAGCAGUACCCAGAAACCAGAGCACUCAAGUUAUGGUGGUCAAAUCAUCUUCAGCUUCUCUCUCAGAUACUCUUAUGAACGAGAAGUUAAUUUUGGAUGAGAUUAAAGGUUGUCCACAAAUCAUCAACUGCCUUAGUGACAGCUAUACCUACGAAAACGGCGAAAAGUUAUACAAUGUCUUAUUGGAGUAUGCCUCUGGUGGUGCUCUAUCGGAAAAACUCAAGAAUUCCGGUGAUCGUAAGUUGCCUGAGUUUGAAAUCAGGAGAUACACCAAGGCCUUAUUAAAAGGGCUACACUAUAUCCACAAGUGUGGCUAUGUCCACUGUGAUAUUAAACCGCAGAAUAUUCUUCUGGGCGAAGAUGGUGAAGUUAAAAUCGCUGAUUUUGGUUUGGCAAAGAGAGCCGAAUCACAUGAUAAUUUGCGAUGUGAAUUGAGGGGUACCCCACUUUACAUGUCGCCGGAAAUGGUUACCGCCGGCGAACAGGACACUCCCGCCGAUAUCUGGGCACUUGGGUGUGUAAUUGCUGAGCUGGCAGCUGGUGUACCAGUUUGGAAAUACACAGACUUGACCCAAUUAUUGAUGAAAAUUGGAGUUGGUGAUGAGUUACCUGAAUUUCCAGCGAAGUUAUCGGAAGAAGGAAAAGAUUUUCUAGAAAAAUGCUUCGUAAAGGACCCGAGAAAAAGAUGGACGGCUGAGAUGCUUCUAAAACAUUCAUUUAUUGCUAAUCAAGAUGACACUGUUACAUUGAAUGACGAAAGAUGCAUGAGUGGAACCCCCACAACAUCACCUAGGUGCCCAUUUGAUUUCCCAGACUGGGUAUCUGAUGACUCUGCUGAAUCAACAGUUACAUGUCCAAUUACAUCUUUGCCCUCGCCGGCAAUUCAAGAAUUGAUGAAUUAUAACGGCGGGUCAUGGUCCACAGAGCCGGCUGAGAGGCUGCGAGAAUUAUUAGUGGGUGAAACCAGACCUAAAUUAUCUGACUGGUCUGCUGCUGAUGGUUGGGUCAGUGUUAGAUGAUGUCAAAGUAUGUAAAAUUUUAGGUAUAGAGAAGCCUGAGAUUAAUUCAGAUUCUCCAGAGUUCUGCAGAAUUUUUUGCUAGCAGCUCUUUUUUUCUUUUUUUUAAUUUCUUUCACAACAGUGAUAGUCUAGGCCAAAUUUUUCAAUUUUUUUGUACAGUUCAUCGUAUAUAAAACAGAACUCAAUUAUAUUGAUGAUA